AUGAAAUUGACUUUGAAAAAACAAGGGAUCAAACGUACCAUCCGUGAAGCCAUUGAAAUAAAAAAACGUCCAAGAAACUUCAACACAAGAGACGAUAAACAGAGACUACCAACUGCAUGGAAACCAGCUCUUACAACCACCAAAACGCCACGCAGAUUAACGAGAUCAAUGGAGCCGAACAUAACACAAGUUCAAUCGCAGUCACGGUUAAUGACGCGGAAAGCUAAGAUGAUAUAUAAACAACGAUCAGCGGCAACGGAGCUCACUUCACGUCUAACUCGCAGCAGAUCGGCAACAGCAGCCCAGCAGAUAAGACCUGAAGAUGGUACAUGAGAUUGUACCGAAACG